ACAGCUGUUUGGAAGUGGUCCACUCAAGGACAAUAACUGAAAAUAAUCAUAAUGAGUGAAACACGAGAAACAGUAGUUUCGAAAAGAAGGAUUGUGAACAACGCAAAUACGGAUCCUUUAAAAACAUCUUUCGAUGAGAGUAUCGGUGGUGAUUACGAACACGCUGUGUGUGAUUGUUUUGGGCGCAUAGAUUUCCUAUUGUCAUUAUACAGAUUCAUUUGUUUUGUCUUCUACAAUCUCUUUUGGGGUGUAUUAUGGCAGUAUCAUAAGACUUUUGAAAAAAUGAGACGGUUUCGAUCGUGUCACCAGAUGCAAAGAAAAUCUUCAAUGGUAGCAUAUACUGAUUCAAGAACACAUUCGGAAGCAGCAGCUGAGGAAAAUGAAACCUCGGAUGAAUUAUGCUACGACGAUUCAUGGAUCAUAGUCAAUCAAGAAGAAUAUUGCAACGACUUAAGUGAAAUGGAACCUUUCAAAAUGAUACAUGAAAAUUCGUGGAUAUUUAUUGAAAAGCAAGUUGAGGGCAACAACAUAGAUUUAAAUUCUUCAGGUGAUACGGUGGAUGAAAAUAUACAUUUCGUUACAUAUCUUGAAGAUGAGGACGGUGAUGGUUUCCAAGACGAUGAUUACAAUGACAUCUUGCGUCAAUAUAAUGUAAUGGACCCUUUGGACCGCCUUCUGGAACAUUAUGAAAUUGAUUGGGAAAGUUCAAUGCGCAACCAUCUGGAUGACGAACAAGCUUCGGAGGCAUCGCAUUGCUCAGAACAAGGGAUGUUUAUAGAGGAUGACUACGUGACAUCUGCGGAAGCCGAAUUUUUUAGUGAUAUUACUUUUUGGAAUGAGGAUGUGCUGCUCGACCGUUUGUGCCUUUCAAAGGAAUGCCUUUCCGAUAGAGACUUUUGGAAUCCCCCAUUGGAAGGUAUUCUAGAAAACGAGGCUUAUGUAUUACCGAUUUAUGACGAAGACGUUUUAGCGGCGAUUACUGGCAUACAACGGCUAAAACCAAAUAUGAUUGAAUUCGUAAGCAAAAGCCAACAGAGGCGAGCUGACCAGUGAAUAGGUGAAAUGGAGUUAGCAUCAAUAAGUUGUAAGCGCUUAUCAUAGAAAACAAUAAUGCUUACCCAUUAAGCAAAUUUAACGUCAGGCCUAACCCUUCUAAGGUGAUAUUAGAUUUUAAACGAUAAUGAUAUUGAUAGCGACUAAUAUGCAAUAUAUGUAAAGAAUUAUGCUAAUUGAAAAUCGGAAUAAAAAUUGUAUUGAGCUCAGUAUUUUGAGGUUAUCAUACACCAGGAACUAAUAAAGAUUUAU